CAGAUCAGUGUCAGAUCCCGGCGACAGAUAGUAGUAUUCAUAUGACAAUAUCGUUUCAACGCAGCCGCGCCAUUGAGCACAUUGAAUGACUCGGGACCGCCGUACACUCGACGCCAUGGCCAGCGCUCACGAAACCACGGAAGAGACCGAGAAGUCGCCUCUCUUGUCAUCGAGGGAGUCGUCCGGUGAAUACACCAGUUCCUACACGAGUACAACGAAAGCGACAGUCUCAAAACGUUACGUAGUAAUUCUCUCCAUUAUCGUCCUCGUUAUUGUUGCUGUUGUCUCGGUGAUUGUAGCACUGUCAAUCUACCAUAAUCUAUUUGAGAACCAUGGUGCGGUGUCAUCGGGGGCACGCCAGUGCACCGAGCUCGGUGUUGAAACUCUCAAAAAUGGCGGACACGCAGUGGAUGCCGCUAUUACUACAAUCCUGUGUCUCGGUCUUGUUAACGCACAAUCGUCGGGAAUAGCCGGAGGGGGGUUCAUGCUGGUGAAAGAAGGCGAAUCGGAUGUUGCUGUGUUGGACUUCCGGGAGGUCGCACCAUUAGAUGCACACAUGUACAGAAAAAAGAUUGAACAAGAUGCCGAUUUGGCAUUUACGGGGGCUCUGGCGGUGGCAGUACCAUCUGAAAUACGUGGGCUCGAAUUGGCUUGGCGACGAUAUGGAAGGUUAGAGUGGUUCGAUCUUUUUGAACCUGUGAUUCGUCUUGCUAGGAACGGAUUUGAAGUGACCGGAAGUACAGCGAAGGCAGUCGUGAAGGAACUUGAUGGCAGAAUGAUGUAUUCAGAACGAUUACGUAAUAUUUACAUGCCGAAUGGCACAAGAGUAAAAGAAGGGGAUACGUUGAAGAGACCCGAUCUGGCAGCAGUACUCGAAACCAUAGCGACGGAGGGUGCUGAUGCAAUGUUUAAUGGAAGACUGUCGAAAGAAAUGAUUGACACUGUUUUGGAAGCAGGAGGUAAUCUAACUGCUCAGGAUUUCCUAAAUUAUCAACCCAUCUGGAGAACCCCCUUAAAAACUACAUAUCACGCCGCAACUGUGUAUACUUUAGGGGCGCCCUCUGGUGGACCAGUGGUACUUUCUAUACUGGGUAUACUGGAGGGAUACGAUUUAACGAGUGGCGCCAUGAAAGACCCCUUAACAUACCACAGAUUAAUUGAGGCAUUCAAGUUUGCGUUUGCGCAGAAAACGAGACUUGGGGAUCCAGACUUCGUACCGGAUGUGCGUAAUUUGACCCAAAUCAUGACCAGCAAAGAGUCUGCAGCAGAGCUACGAGCGAUGAUUAACGAUAGUAGUACCUACCCGUCAGAAUACUAUGGUCCGUACUUGCCCAAACCAGGGUAUGGCACAUCGCAUGCGUGUGUGAUUGACAACGAGGGCAAUAUGGUUUCUAUAACAAGUUCCGUAAACGAGCGUUUCGGCAGUGGCUUGAUGACUCCGAGUGGAAUUCUGCUGAAUAACCACAUGAAUGACUUUUCGUGGUCCGAUGGUAGCAACAUAACAGAAAGUACGUCAAACUUUAUCGAGCCGGGAAAGCGCCCUCAAUCGUCAAUAGCACCGCUACUUUCGCGCCGAUUACUGGAUGCAGGCAUCAGCGAGUUAAUUCUCGGGGGCAACGGAGGUACUGCGAUUGGGACUGGAAUAGCCCAAGUAUAUCUGGAUAUUAUAUCAUAUGGAUUAUCAUUGGAAGAAAGUGUCAACAAAAGACGCGUAGAUCGGACUUCGACGGAUUUUAAAAUCGAAGUCGAAGAGCGCAUCGCCGACAAUGUCGUGGAGGGGCUGUUAGACAGAGGUCACAUAGUCGAAAUGGUCGACGACAUCGGCAGUCAAGUCAUGGCUGCCCGGAGGCAGAAUUAUGCUCUAGAAGCAGCGUCAGACCCCAGGAAGUUAGGAUCUUCAGCUGUGGUGUUUUGA